AUGGAUACCUGCAGUAGUAGAGUAGCGACCACCAACGCAACGGAUUCAUCCCCCACGGUUGAUGUUGAGAAGCAGUCGUCACACGUGGUAGUAAAGGCCGAAAAACCCGAGAUGGCAGAAUCCCACACCAGCGACUCAGAGAAUCCAACCGACGUACGGGUGGCCGAUAGUCAAACAGACGCUAUGGAACAACAACAAAUGAACCACGAGCAGGAGGAGGUACCUCUGCCAGAAGUCAGCAAGCGCUCUUCUCCAACAGCUGGCAGUGGAGCAGAGGAAGACGAGAGUGGUGGUGAAGCUAGAACAGCGAAAUUUGAAGGUCAGCACAAUCACCAUAAUCACCAGCAGCAACGCCAGCACCGCCGGAGCAGCAGCAGUAGCAACAAAAGCCACCAUACUCCAACGGCCAACAAGCAGCGUGGCGAACACCUGCACCAGCUGAUGGAUGACAUGUUGCGACGCAAGACGCUAAACAGCGCCAACAACAACAACAACAGUAGUACGAUGCCCAACAACAACAGCAACCGAGCUGGCGGAGUCGGAAAGCGUUCUCUGGAGUCCACAGCGGAAAUGUUGCUGCAGCAACAACGCCGCCAAGCGGCUGCUGCUGCUGCGGCGGCCGCAUCUGCAACUUCUCCUAUGGGCAAACGUGGAAGCUCAGGUGCGCCUCUUCGACGAUCAGAGGAGGAAGAUGAAGACGAAGAGCAGCCUGUCAGAGGAGGAGGUGUUGUUGGGGAACCGACCGAGCAAAGUUUUCUCUGUCCUAUCUGCAAAUGUGCAUCGCCUACGCAACGUGCCUUUUCUGACCACAUUCGGCUACAUAAUGCGGAACCGGAAUCAGAGACGACAGCCGUGGCAUCUGCGAACUUCACCUGUAAGAUCUGCGGCAAGGCGUUGUCGUCAGCGUCGUCACUCGAUCGGCAUGUGUUGGUGCACACGGGAGAGCGACCGUUUAACUGCAAGUUUUGCAGUCUCACGUUCACCACCAACGGUAACAUGCACCGGCACAUGCGCACCCACAAAUACCCGUCUGGGCGGGACAGCUUCGAGAGUGAUGCUGGUGGAGCCGGUGUAGUGAGCAGUGGUAAUGGAAGUGGUGCUGGAGGAGGAGGAGGAGGCAGUGGAGGUUCAUCAUCAGAUGGAAGUGGAGGUGGCAAGUCUGCCGCCCGAAGCAACAGUGGAAGGUCUAGCCUCAGUGGUCCACCUAGUAGUCGGCAUUAUCGCAAGAAGAAGGACGAAGAUCCUGACGUGGAAGACGACGAGGUGGUCGAUGAUGAGGAGCAGGACUAUCGACAUCCGAAGAAGAAGAAGCUCACACUAUUCAUUGGUGACGAGUAUGGGCAGCAGGAUGAAGAGAUGGCAAUGAUGGAAGAGGAGGCAACCUCGCGUCGUCGGAAGGAGCGUGAGCAACGGCAGCAGGAUGAAGAAGAGGAGUUCGACUACGAGGAGAAGGAGCUGGGCGGGAAGCGUAAAGCGGGGCUAGGUGGAGUUGACCGUCAGCAGCAGUACCGCAAGGUGCGCACCAUCAACAACAAUCUGCUCGAAGGUGCAGUGGUAGAGAGCGGACAACGCUUCUGCUGCCCGGUGUGCGUCCGGAAUGACUUCGCGAGUAUGCUCAGUCUCGAGCAACACCUCGAUAGAGAGCACCCGACUAUUCCAGCAAAGUGUCGACACUGCGAGAUCGUGUUCCGCAGCCACAAGGCAUUGAACGCGCACCGUUGUAGUAACAACAACUACCAGAACAUAACACCGGGCUUCAAGGAUCUCACGUUCGUCGACUUUUCCAGUGAGAAAUUUCCCUUGAUUGCGAAGAACCUGUGCGAGCAGAGCAUCCGCACGCCGGUGACAAGCCAGAAGUACGAGUGUGGUCGCUGUUAUCGAGCGUUUCCCUGUUCCAAGACUCUCUCUAUGCAUGCCGCUGAUUGCUGCAUGGGCAGUGGUGGUGGAGGAGGAGGAGGCGGUAAUGGGGGAGGUCGCCGUCGCAAACGCGUCCCAAGUGAUUCAGAGUCUUCUGAUGUAUCCGGAUCAGAUGCGGGCUCCUCAUACGAAGGUCGCGCUCGUUUGCUAGACGAUGAGCAGCAGCAAACCCAUCGAAACCAUCAUCAGCAACAGCAGCAACAAGCUCAUCUGAGACGGGAAGACUUCUUCGCGAAUCUGGACCUACAAAACCGCUCGGUGGGGACGCUAUCUGAGGCACCUACGACACCUUCAUCGCUGGAUAAAUCCUUCUCAUCUCCGCUGCCAACCUUGAAGCAGGAACCACUUGCAUCACCCACGGGUGCUUCAACCACCAGUCACUCUGGCUUACCACUUUACUGUCCCUCGAACAUGGCGCUCUACCACGGACACCAUCAGCAGCAGCAGCAUUUGGUCGACAGUAGCAAAGACCUGGCCGACAUUCAGUCGAUCAUCGACGUAGCGUCCUCUGGUGGCCUGUUCGGGCGACAGCUAGAUGGUGGAAGCCAUACUCCUCUCUCGGGUCUGCUAGGGGAUGGAUCACUUUGCAAAGAUGGCGCCGGAAGUGAUGGUGGCAUGUACGCCAACUCAACAGGGUCACGUGAUGAGCCAGAGGAGGCACAGGAUGCGUUCACGGUCGAGUUUCGACGCAUGAAACUGCGCGGUCAGUUUCCGUGCCGCAUCUGCACAGCGAUCUUUCCAAAUCUGCGAGCACUCAAAGGCCAUAACCGGUUGCACGUGACGGCGGCUGGACCUGGUCCGUAUCAGUGCAACAUGUGCCGGUACGUGGUCAGCGAUAAGGCGACGCUCAUACGUCACAUGCGCACGCACAACGGUGACCGACCGUACGAAUGUGCCCUCUGCAACUACGCCUUUACCACCAAGGCGAACUGUGAGCGACAUUUGCGUAACCGACACGGCAGAACCACACGUGACGAUGUUAAGCGCGCCAUCAUCUACCACCCUUCGGAGGAUUCGUCGUGUGACGAUCCACUCAAAAAGUUGCAGCUGUUCAACACACCACCCGCGGAUGGGGCAUACACACCGACAAUGCUGGCGAGCGCUUCUUACCCGGACGAUCAAUCUCUAUCAGAGCGUAGCAGUACUCCACUCUCGUCGCAACAGCUUAAGGAUAUGCUUAUUCCUCCGUUGCCGUUGAGCUUUGUAGCCGCCGCGGCAGCUUCCGGUACAAACCACCAUCCAAUGCUUGAUACGAACCUACUGCUGCAGACACCACCAAGUGGUGGAGGUGAUCGUGGAGCGUUCGGGGCACCUGUAGCCGCCGCAAAGAUUCAAGUGAAGAGUCUGGAGAAAUUGAAUCAACUGACACCACCGCAAGAGGAGGACUAUCUGGACGAUGAAGACGAUCAGCCGCUGGAUGACACUCCGAUUGUGACAGGCAAGAAGUUGACCACCACGGAAGGGCUACUACAAAGAACGAAGACCUUGACUCCGGUUGCAAGUACCGCGCACUCACGCCCCAUCGAUUUGAGCAUGGAUGCGCUCGAUCUCAGCAAGAAAUCGUCAGUUUCGGCCAUCGGUAAGUCAGCGCCCAUCACCACACCGAUUCCAAUGGUAUCCACCGAUGGGGAAGAAGAGGAAGACGACGAAGAUACGAGCAGCCUGCUGCCAGUGAACGGUGGCGAAAGCGAACAUCGUUCAACUGCUGGUAAUAGACAUUCAGCAGCAGGUAUUGGACAUAAGCACCAUCUGCAUGUUCCUCAACCGGACACCGACGUAGACGAGGAUGAAAACCUCACCGAUGGACGUCGCCUAGAAUUACCGAAGCUGUCCAAACUAGAUCUAGCUCAGCAGCAGCACAUGUAUCAGCUGUUUCGUGAAGCCUUUACAAAAUAUGGUCCGUUCUUACAAAUGUACCAGCUGAACAACUCGCUGCAAAUGUCUUCGUUUCCUGUGCACUCAGCGCCCUUCCUCCAAAACCCCAUGCUAGCUGGCUCGCUGGCGCCUGGUCCUGGCGAGUUGUUGGGCAAUGAUUUUGGUUUGGGUGUACUGUCAAACCUAGCUGCAGAUGCUACUGCCAAAGCAGCAGCCUAUAGUGCGCGUAACCAACAUCAUCCUCUACUCGUCAAUCCAUUCUACCCUCCGCCAUCCACCGACACUCCGCCCAACAGUAUCACCAAGGCGAAUGAUUGCUUGUCUGGGAUGGCGGCCUCUUCCACAUCCUCGAAGCAGCAACUGCUGACGGCUUCAUCGCCAUCGCCCAUGUCAACACCGAUCAGCAGUGCCAGUAGCAAUGGCGCUGGUGGACCGAAUUCCACUAGUACCAGCAUCGGGAAACAGCUGUCGAUGCAGCACUCCAGCAGUGGUGGAGUCGGAAGUUCACAGGCUUCAGCUACUGCUGCAGUAGUAGCGGCUGCUGUCGCCGCAGCAACAUCAGCUAACUUCGGCGUAACGCCUUUAUCAGCGGCCGGUGGAGGUUCGUCGGGUAUCGGUCCUGUCAAGAUGGUCAUCAAGAACGGUGUGCUAAUGCCGAAGCAGAAGCAAAGACGCUACCGUACCGAACGUCCGUUCGCGUGCGAACAUUGCACUGCUCGAUUCACGCUGCGCUCGAACAUGGAGCGUCACAUCAAGCAGCAACACCCGCAGUUCUGGUCCCAACGACAUCGUGGUGGUCAUCACCUGAUGCGACGAGGAGGAGGAGGUGGAGGUAGUGGCAACAAUAGUGCCAAUGUGACGGUGCCCAACAACUCGAUGGGUUCACUUGCUGCCGCUCUGCAGGGCGCGUUUGGCAGUGGAGGUGGUGGUAAUCUGCACAGUGGAGGCAAUGGAGGCGCAAUUUCUGAACAGGUGAAGUACGCCAUCUUAGCGCAACAGUCCGGCAAGGGUGGUGGAGGAGGCAUGCGUGGCGGUGGUAGCCAGGAUGGGGCAAGCCACCUGAAUCCCCUGCUGCACAACAUGAUCGUGCAGGGCGCUGGCCCGUGGAACCCUCCGCAGCAUCAGCAGCAACGUCUAAAUCAUCAUUACGAUCAAGAGAAGCAGUCACCGAUGCUGGCUUCGGGCUUUUAUAGUCGUGCAGAUCGUCGCAUGGUCUGUCGUAUCCCUGGCGAUCUGGAGGAAGAUGAGGAGGAGGAUGAACGGGUCGAUAGGCAGUAUGAUGAUGCCACGCCAAUAGUAAGCCAACGCUACCGACGUCGCCGACGUCGGCUGCAGCCACAUCUUGAACAUAAUGUUGAGCUGUUACGUGUCGAGUAUGACGAAGAGGGGCUCAAUCGUUUGGCUUUGGAUGGAGAAAAACCGAAACCAACGUCAAAGAACCUCGCUGAUGAGGACGAUAAAGGUGAGCAAGAAGCAGGCCAUAACGAAGAAGAGGAAGAGGACGAGGACGACGUGGAAGAAGAGGAGGAUGCGCAGCUCGUCAUAGAUGAAGAAGGCGAGAGUGCGUUAAAGACGCCAAAGUCGGAAAAGGAACAACCAGGAACUGUCGAAGUAAAAUCAGCUGGAUCUACACAAGAACCGGAAGCGAAUCGUGAGGAGACUGGAAGCCUAAAUCGCAUUCUGAAGCAAAAGUUGGAACAAAACCGCUCAACUACCAAUGACAUUGGCGUCGAUGACUGUGGACAGGUGACUAAAGCGUUACAGAAUUCACCAGCCAAGCCUCCAAAAUACCCAACACCAGCGCCACCUUCGACCUCCAAGAAACCGUCCUCUGCUGGAGGUGCUAGCAACAGCAGCAACAAUGGCAAUAUGGCCGUUGCCGAUGAAAGCGGAUGCAACAGCGACCUAGUGCCGGUUGCAAAGUUACUCGACAACGCCGCCAAUCCCGCGCUGGAUAGCUAUUUCAGCAGACCGGAGGUGCAGGUUCCACUAGCGCAGGACCACAGUGAUGAAGAGGGUCUGGUGGCAUCCGGUUCGGCAUCUGAGAGCAAUAACUCCGGCACGGACGAUCCCAACCCGUCAGCCGUCGCACUCUCGCAUCAGCAACAGAAGAAGAAGUCGGCGUACAGUCUGGCCCCGAAUCGUGUCAGUUGCCCCUACUGCCAGCGGAUGUUCCCGUGGUCAAGCUCGUUGCGGCGUCACAUCCUGACGCACACCGGACAGAAACCGUUCAAGUGCUCUCAGUGUACGCUCCUUUUCACAACCAAAUCAAACUGCGAUCGACAUCUACUGCGCAAGCACGGUGAUGUGGAGUCGGCCGUCUCGAUACCGGUGCCGAUUGACGAUUUGCUUGAUCCCAAACCGGAACCGAUCCCGGUCGCCGUGGCUGAAGCCAUGUGCAAGAAGAUUGCCGGUAAGGGUGCCUCCACACGAUCAGCCGCUGCUGCUCUCAAGCAACCUGGGCAGCAGGUUGCGCCCGACGACGAGGAGGACGACACGGUCCAGCCAAGGGAGCUGAAGUCUUCAAAAGAGGAUCAAGGCGAUGCUGAAGGCGUCACUACUCCACACGUUGAGCCAGAGGUAGCAGAACGAAGCAUCGACGCGGCCGAGUCCGGUAGUGAAGAGAACAUCAAGCGACGAGCUGUGCUCGGAAAGGACGAUAGUAGUGGGGAAGGUGAGCUGCCAGAGCAUCAGGAGACUCGCAAACUACGAGGGCUUGGUCGUCCUCAACACCUUCGCAGGGAUCUGGAAGAGAACGGCGACGAAGAUGACGCUAAUUCACGUAACCGCGAGGAUGUGGAGGACGACGAAGACACCUCGAAAGAGGAUCAGUCGAUGGAUCUACCGUACAAGUGCCACCUGUGCGAUGGUUCUUCCGCAGAUCGCGUGUCGUGUCUCGAGCACAUCAAGCAGGCACACCCGCAGGAGUUCGCCACCCUUAUGACGAAGGUUUCGCUGGAGGCGGCUGCGUCGGCGACGGAAAGCGAGGCACACACGGCCUCACCCGAUGACGACGAAAGCGGUGCCAAUAACAACAACAACAAUAACAACAACGGUGGCAAGUAUCCCGACUAUGCCAAUCGGAAGGUUAUCUGCGCAUUCUGUUUGCGUCGCUUCUGGUCGACGGAAGACCUGAGACGGCACAUGCGCACGCAUUCCGGCGAGCGACCCUUCCAGUGUGACGUGUGUCACCGGAGAUUCACGCUCAAACACAGCAUGUUGCGUCACCGCAAAAAGCACUCCUCCUCGAACGGUGGUGGGUCCUACUCACCUACCUCCUCAGGAUCUCCGGCGUCAACCACCAGUCGGCGACACUCGGGGCGAUGUGGCAGCGUCCUGUCAGGUUUGGAUGUCGACGAGCUUGAGCCGAACAGUGGGUCCGAUCUCACAGACGAUGAGUAUGAGGACGCGGAGUGCUCCAGCCCGGCGCUGCGAUACCACCACGCCUCUAGUCGUCCCCGUGGAGCCGAGACCGCCACUCCGGAGGUCUUUGCGGCAGCAGCCCCGAUAUCUCCGGCCGCCAUUGCCGGUGGUAGACGGCAUCACCAAUACCAGGCGCACAACGGUCAGCUCCAGCAGCAGCACUCGGAGUUGAUUGGCAACCUGCUCGGUAUCAGUGAUCAAGGUAUCCUGAGUCGGGUGCUGUUGUCGUCUGCGUCUGAGGCUGCUAAGUUGCUGGGCGUCGAGAAGUAA